AUGGCUCAAACUCUAUAUUUCCCUCUCCUCCUCAUUGCUCUCUGCUCCAUAUCUGAAUGUGUUCAGCGUCAGUAUCACUUUAUAAAUGAGAACAAGACCUGGACUGAAGCUCAGAGAUACUGCAGAGAGAAUUACACAGAUCUGGCCACUGUUCACAACAUGAACGACAUGAUCCAGCUGAACAAGACUGUGAAUGUGAAUAAUGAUGGUGUCUGGAUUGGUCUGCAGGGUACAAAUGAUAGUAAAUGGCAUUGGUCUUCAGGUGAUCCUGUACUGUUUUUGAACUGGGCAUCUGGACAACCAGCCGGCAGUGAUAAUUGCACUGUUCUGAAUAAUGGACAGUGGUUUGUUGGGGCAUGUAAUAUCCCCUGGUUCUUCAUCUGCUACAACAUGAGCGCAGGACUGGUGUUUGUCAAUCAGUCCAUGAACUGGAGAGACGCUCAGAGUUACUGCAGACAGAAUCACAUUGAUCUGGUCAGUGUGAGGAACCAGAAUGAGAGUCAACAGCUGGAGAAGUUCAUUAAUGACAGUCGGACAUUUGAACAUAAAGUCUGGAUCGGUCUGUUCAGAGACAUAUGGCAGUGGUCAGAUCAGAGCAACUCUUUAUUCAGAUACUGGAAAAGUAGUGCACCUCAAUCUCCAGAUGAUAAACGCUGUGCAGCAGUUAACAAGUUCUCUCAGGGACAAUGGGGUGACUACUUGUGUAAUGGUAGAUGGGAAUUUCCUUUUGUGUGUCAUGAAGAUAAACUGAUUGUGAUCCAGCAGAAUCUGUCCUGGUCUGAAGCUCUGAGAUACUGCAGACAGAAUCAUGUGGAUCUGGUCUCGGUUCAGUCAGUGGAGAUGCAGCGUCGUGUGAUGAACGUGGUUAAACUGGCGUCUACUGAGGCGGUGUGGUUGGGUUUACACAACUACUGCAGCAUAAACACGUGGCUCUGGGUCAGUGGAGACAUGGUGUGCUAUCAGAACUGGGCUCCAGGGAAUGGCAGCACACCGGAAAACUGCAAACUGGAGAACAGAAAAGGAGCAGUUCAGUCUGGAGAAUAUCAGACCUGGAUCAGCCUUCCUGAAUCUCACAGACUCAACUUCAUCUGCACUAACUACUGAGAGAAGAUGUGUCUGUGUGUUUACUUACAUUCACUGUGUUUUAACAUUUAUAUGU